GAGGGGGGAGGAACAAGAUGGCGUCGGCGCCGUCCGCCUCGACGGGCCUAGCGGGCGGUAGAGCGCCGCGGCGCACGGCAGGGAACCGGCUCUCAGGACUGCUAGAGGCGGAGGAGGAGGACGAGUUCUACCAGACGACGUACGGGGGUUUUACGGAGGAGUCUGGGGACGAUGAGUACAAAGGCGACCAGUCAGACAGUGAUGAUGAAGUGGAUUCGGAUUUCGAUAUUGAUGAAGGAGACGAGCCCGGCAGCGAUCAGGAUGACGACGAGCCGAAGAGGAAGCGCAGGGUGGUCACCAAAGCCUACAAGGAACCCAUCAAAAGCCUGAGGCCCAAGAAACCGGACACAUCCGCCAGCAGCUCCCAGAAGGCGAGGGAAGAAAGAUCAACGCCGGCCGAGAUCCAGGAUGAAGUGGGAGACAGCCGUAAACACAUGCGCCAGUCAACAACGGAGCAUACGCGCCAAACCUUCCUUCGCGUCCAGGAGCGCCAGGUGCAGUCGAAGCGUAAGAAGGGGGCUGGCCCAAGCUACGAUAGGCCCCUCACGCAGGAAGAGCUUUUGGAAGAGGCCAAGAUAACGGAGGAGAUUAACUUGCGGUCUCUGGAGACAUACGAGCGCCUCGAGGCAGACAAGAAGCGGCAGGUCCAGAAGAAGCGCAAAUGCCUGGGGCCGACCAUCCGCUACUAUUCGGGGACUAUGCCCCUGAUCUCUGAUCUGGGCUGCAAGGAGGAAAACGUGGAUGUUGAAGGUUUGGACCAGGACGCACAGUUGCCCUCGGAGGUUCCCCCUACAACUUCCGCUCUGGCUGCUAAAUGCUCUCGCUCCUUCGUGACCUUCAGCGACGACGAGACCUUUGAACGCUUCUUCCCGAAAUCUCGCCCCCCCAAGCUGCCUGUGAAGGAGAUCUGCCCCGUCACCCACAAGGCCGCCAUCUACCGCGACCCCAUCACUGACAUUCCCUACUCCAACAUCCGGGCCUUCAAGAUCAUCCGCGAAGCCUACAAGAAAUACAUCACAGCCCACGGUUUACCAAACGCAGCAGCUGCCUCGGCUGCCCUUGGGGUGGGCCCCCCGGUAACUGACUCCAGUGUCCGGGCCACCAGGCAGAAGAUCAUCAUCAAACAGAGCGUCCCGGCCACAUAGGACACCCCAGAGCGGGCUCUACCUUUUGCCUCCUUGCUGUGGACACCCCUUCUAUUUCUGCAAAAAAGUGACUUGAAAGGGAAUGGACGCUGUCACUUCGUUGGUUGUCACUGUAUGUUUUUUACCUUAGUCAUUGUUUCUUUCCCUUGGCAAACCCUGUGCUGGGAUUAAGCCCCCUGCUGUCUGGAGAACUGCCAAGCCAAAUGCUGCCCUCAAGGCACAUGGGGUGACGUGUCUGGAACGGCACAUGGUUUCCCAUAUUGGCUGUCUGCUUAGGACUGCCAGGCCAUGAUCCAGGGCUGCAUCGGACUGCAGCAAGCAGGUCCCUAGUCAUAUGACACGGCUGCAGAGCAAGGGGGCUUGAGAUUUCUCCCCAAAAGGGCUCAGGGGACGGGGUCUCUCUUCUUCCAGCCAUGGGGCUGUUUAUGCUGAGGCACUGAGCCCUGGGUUUGGGGGCUGCUGUGGGGGAGCACAGUCAGACAAGUGGAAUUAGACAUUGCUGUCUGGUUGACUUCCCCUCCUUGACCUGGAUCUAAGGCCAGCCCCAGGCGCUAUUUUGAGGAAAGGGUGAGUACGGUGCCCAUGGCGUGCUUUUAAAUUGAAAUUGGACUUCCUUUUUCCCACAGUUGUUACUUUCCAACUCUGAGUGUCUCUUAAAAAAAAAUAAACAGCUUCCCAAUGAA